UUUCUGAGCUCAGGAAAGUGAACCUUACCCUGCUCCACUGCCCGGAGGGAGCCAUGGCUGCAGACAACCCCGCAGAAAGUCUCCAGGAGGAAGCGACAUGUCCCGUCUGUCUGGAGUAUUUCACAGACCCUGUCACUCUGGAGUGUGGGCACAAUUUCUGCCAAGCCUGCAUCGCCCAGUGGUGGGAGGGACCCGACACAGCCGCCUCCUGCCCUCAGUGCAGAGAAACUGCGCAACAGAGAAACCUCAGGCCCAACAGGCAGCUGGGAAACAUGGUAGAAAUCGCCAAGCGGCUGAGUUUCCAGGCAGCGAAGGGAGCAGGAGGGAGCGGGGUGUGUGGGGAACACCAGGAGACUCUGAAACUGUUCUGUGAAGAGGAUCAAACCCCCAUCUGUGUGAUUUGCCAUCUGUCCUGGGCUCACAGAGCUCACAGGGUGGUUCCCAUAGAGGAGGCUGCCCAGGAGUACAAGGUGAAACUCCAGGGAGCCCUGGGCCCUCUGAGGAAGGAGCUGGAAGAGGCCCUGGCUCUGAUGUCGAAAGAGGAGGAGAAAACCACAGAGUGGCAGGGGAAUGUGAAGAAUAAGAGAGAGAUGAUUGCAGGUGAAUUUAACAAACUGCACGCACUGCUGAGAGAGGAGGAGGGGAUGCUUCUGUACAGCCUGGCGGGGGAGGAGAGGGAGACUCUGCAGAGACUGCAGGAAAAUGUCACCAAACUCUCCCGGCAAAGCUUCUCUCUGCAGCAGCUGAUCACAGAGAUAGAGGAGAAAUGUCAACAACCGGUUGCGGAGCUGCUGAAGGAUGUGAAAAGCACAUUGAGCAGGACCGAGAAUGUGAAACUCCAGGAACCAGAAGCUGUUUCUACUGACCUGAAGAACGUGUAUAAGAUUUCCCUUGACAUGAGGGAAGCGCUGAAGAGAUAUGGAGUGGACCUGACUCUGGAUCCAGACACGGCAAAUCCCUGGCUCGUCCUGUCUGAGGAUCAGAAACGUGUGAGACACGGAGACACAUGCCAGGAUCUGCCCGACAACCGUGAGAGAUUUGAUCCUUGUGCCUGUGUCCUGGGCGCUGACAUGGUCGCGGGCGGGAGGUGUUACUGGGAGGUGGGGGUGGAAGACAAGACUGAGUGGGACCUGGGGAUUUGCAGCCAAUCUGUGUGCAGGAAGGGGGAGGUCAUACUCACACCUGAGCAUGGAUACUGGGUCCUGCGGCUGGAGGACGGGAAAUACGAGGCCUUCACCUCCCCCUCGACCCCCAUCCCCGUGAGCGUCCGGCCCGGCCGGGUGGGGAUUUUCCUGGACUAUGCGGCGGGCAAGGUCUCGUUUUACAAUGUGACUGACAGGUCCCAUCUCUUCACGUUCACUGGCACCUUCUUAGAGAUGCUCCGCCCUUAUUUCCAUCCUGGUUCCACAGUGGGGGUACAAACACGGCUCCCCUGAUCAUCUGCCCGGUCCUGGCUCCAGCCGGGGGGAAUCUCGGUCCCUGAGCCCGCGGCUCAGACUGGCCCCCCCAGCACUGCUGCUCCUCUGUGGUGGGGGCCGGUUACUGCAGCUACUGGAGUUUUUGUGCUGCCCAAACGCUGCCAGUUUCCCUUUUCCACUGGAGGGUCCAGUGAAAAACCAGACACCUGGCAACCCCCAGCCCUCACCUUGCCCCGUCCCCUGCCCCAGGGGUAGCAGAUGGUGAGCGAUGGGGUCAUUCACUCCUGCCAGAAUUUUCUACCCCUGUGAAAUCUCAAUGUAAAAUGGGAAGGACAAAAGAUUAUUCUAAUUUAGAAAAUAUUAUCGUAACAAGGUGUAAAUACAAGUAUAUUUCAAUUUACAUUUCAACAGUAUUUCAGAAACAAGCAACUAAACAUAUUUUUAGAAAUGGAAUUAUUUACAUUUAUCUUUUGAUUCUUCCCUCAAAUCUAUAUUGAAGUUUAACUUCUCUAAAUAAUGUCAUUUGUAUCUCAACAGUGGAAUUUCAAGAAAUCCAAAAUAUUUGUCUUCACAAAAUAAACUAUUAAAUUAUCAGACAGGGUUGUUCAAUUACAAUGUACGUGUGUCAUAAACAUCACAACUACACACAUGAGCAGCUGCUCUCUCUCUCUCUCCCCCCCUCUUUAUUGUCUUGACUGGUUCUCUCGGGAAGGCAGGGCACAUACACCCACCUCCUGCACUACUCCUUUGAAAAUUAAUAGCUUAAAAAUGAUAGAAUUAAUUAAGCAAUAUAUUUAAAUUAACUCAUACAAGAUUAUAUAAUAUUCUUUGAAGUUCUGUCAGCAUUAAUUCACUUUCUAGCUGCAUAUAAUCGGUAAUCAAGAUAUGACCCUUCCUUGCUUUUCCUCACAAAACAUGGUCCCCAACCUCAAAUGCUGUAUUCUUAGAUACCAGGGGUCGGCAACCGUUCAGAAGCGGUGUGUCGAGUCUUCAUUUAGUCACUCUAAUGUAAGGUUUUGAGUGCCAGUCAUACAUUUUAACGUUUUUAGGAGGUCUCUUUCUAUAAGUCAAUAAUAUAUAACUAAACUAUUGUUGUAUGUAAAGUAAAUAAGGUUUUUAAAAUGUUUAAGAAGCUUCAUUUACAAUUAAAUUAAAAUGCAGAGCCCCCCAGACCGGUGGCCAGGACCCGGGCAGUGUGAGUACCACUGAAAAUCAGCUCGCAUGCCGCCUUUGGCACACAUGCCAUAGGUUGCCUACCCCUGCGAAAUACAAAAACGUCUUCUAUAAUCUCAUUUUUGUGGUUUAUUUUUCUUUAGAAAUAUUAUUUGCAGGGAAUGUACUGUCAGUGUCCACUGUUGAUUUCAGAGUACUGCCAGGCUUUCCAUGUUCUUGGUUCUAAGGACACAACAAAUGCAGUUUGAGAAAGAAAUAGAGAAGGGGUUGUAUUCCUUUACUGAAUCAUCACAAAUUAACUUAAUUGUAGUAAAGAUGCUGGCGCUUAAUGACACAUAACAUGAAAUUUGGUGAAGUUUUAUUGGAAGACCUUUCUUCUCGGCCAUAAAUCAGUCGAAAGGGUGCUAUUUUUGUUGUCAUGUGAGGUUUAGAGUACAAAGAAAAGAAAGUUGCUCCAGGAAAUUCAUCACAAUUCCUCUGGGUUCUGUCCACCACCUUCUGGAAUGCUCUGUAAAAAUAGUGACCGAUUGGUCCAAUUCCUUGAUGUUAGCGAUUGAACCUAAUAUCUUGAAGAGCUGGCUGAGCAGAGUGUGAUGGGAGGCACAUCACAUGGCAUUGCUAGGACUACUUUUUGUUUUAAACGUGAUGUGUUAUGAACAUUUUCAAUGUAAUCAUUCAGUUUUGAAGAUUUAUUCACAGUAUGCCAUCCAUGGCAGAGUGCCCUAAAUUUACGUUGAUUAUUUGAAAAUAAAUACCCUAACAUUA